UAAUUAGCUCCAACACCCCCACUUUCAUUUUCCGUUUCCGGGUUAAAUUGCGGGAAACGUGAAGCGCUCUUUAUUUUUCAAGAACUUCGAUUAAGGAUUUUGCGGAAUGCCUGGUCGCGUAGUACAAUCGAACAAUGCCUCUGAUCUUAUGAAAAGACUAGAAGCAUUGGAAGGAGAAUACAAAGAUGGUGACAUCACACAGAAGGGCUUCUGGAAGAAAAAGUUCCGCAUAUUUGGGGACCUGAUCCCAGAAGGCCUGAAGCAAAAAGUUGGAGAGGCAGAAGAAGAAUUGAAGGAUAACAUCAUCACAGAGAAAGGCUACUUUAAACGUUUGGAACAGAUCUUUGACACAUUCAUGAAGGCUGCAGACUUUGGGUCUGGUGACAAUGUGAAGGAAACAGGAAAAUUUAAAGACACUGAUGAUAGUGACAAAGAAAAUGGUGAUGCUAAUGGAGAACCAGAGAAGAAUGGAGUCCAUGACCGUACAGACAAGAAUGCUGACUCAGAGAAAGAAGUUGUUGAAUUGAAAGAAGAGGAGAUGGACACUGAGAAUACAUCUCAGGAAGAUGAUAAGGGUGGAUCUCCAGCACGCAAGAAGGGGAAAGCAUCUAAAAAGGGCAAAAAGACUGGCCAGCCUUCUAUUGCAAGCAUGUUUGCAAAAGUUGCCUCUCCGAGCCAGAAGCGGAAGUCUGCAGCGGCCAACGAGGACACCCUCAAACAGGAGCCUGUGUCCGAGGGGGAGGAGGGGGAGACUGUGACCAAGAAACCCAGGAUUGAGGAGGAGGAGGAGGAGAAUAAACGGGAGAUGCGCCCCAAAUCUGAAGACUCUACCUCAGCAAGCGUCCAAAAGAUCCCGACCAAGUGUCAGCAGUGCAAACAGCUUCUAAAUGACCCGGAUUUGAGAACGUUUGCUGGACCACCAGAGGACGCCGUAGAGGAGUACGUAGCCCUGACUGACCCAAAGCUGUCACUCUUCACUGGGGAGGAAGACAACAUUGACAGCUAUGAUGAGCGCCCGCAGCACAAACUCACUCAGUUCAGUGUGUAUGACAAGAACACCCACCUGUGCCCCUUUGACACUGGGCUUAUCGAAAAGAACAUCGAACUCUACUUCUCUGGCUACGUGAAGCCGAUCUACGACGAGAACCCAGACUCAGAAGGUGGCAUUCCUACAAAAAACAUGGGCCCUAUUAAUGCAUGGUGGACUGCAGGGUUCGACGGUGGAGAAAAUCCACUGAUAGGAUUUAGCACAGCGUUUGCUGAGUACAUCCUGAUGCAGAGCAGUGACCACUAUGCGCCGUUCAUGGACACAAUGCAGGAGAAGAUCAACAUGAGCAAGAUCGUCAUCGAGUUCCUCAACCGCAACCCUGACGCAACAUACGAGGAUCUUCUAAACAAGAUACAGACGACAGUGCCCCCAGCUGGCUGUGCCAGUUUCACAGAAGAUUCACUGCUGAGACAUGCUCAGUUUGUCAUUGAUCAGGUUCAGAGUUUUGACGAGGCAGCUGAUGAUGAUGAGCAGCUGAUCAUCACCCAUCCUUGCAUGAGAGGUCUCAUCAAGCUUGCUGGUGUCACCCUUGGAAAGCGGCGAGCGAUGAGGAAGGACCAAGGCAAGCUUGCCAAGAAGGUGACCCCUAAAGACACCCUUGCCACGACAACCCCUCUAGUACGGGAGAUGUUUGACAGCAUGUUCAAGGGGCAGAUAGACGACAAGGCGGCCAAAGAGUCCAAGAGAAGGAGAUGUGGCAUCUGUGAGGCGUGCCAGUCAUCAGAUUGUGGCAAGUGCGCCGCCUGCAAGGACAUGGUGAAGUUCGGUGGCACAGGUCGCGCCAAGCAGGCGUGCCACGAGCGCCGCUGCCCCAACAUGGCUGUCAAGGAGGCGGAGGAGGACGACCUAUUGGACGAGGAGGCGAGCGAUGAUAAGCUGCUGGCUGAGAAGAUGAAGGACACGUCACUGCAGCAUCAUAAGGCCUCCGCCGUCAAGAAGACUGACCUGAAGUGGGUGGGAGAGCCUAUCAAGGAGGAUGGAGUGAAGAAGUACUACCAGACUGUCAGCAUCAACGGAGAAGAGGUUUCUGUGGGAGACUGUGUGUCAGUGAAGCCCGAUGAUCCGACCACCCCACUGUACAUUGCCCGCAUUGCAUACAUGUGGGAGGAUGGGAAGAAAGAGAAGAAAUUCCACGCACAUUGGUUCUGCCGGGGUUCAGACUCUGUCCUUGGUGAGACCAGUCACCCCCUGGAGCUGUUCCUGGUAGACGACUGCGAGGACUCCAAUCUGCAGUACACUGUCUCUAAAGUCCAGGUGUUGGAGCACAAGCAGCCAGAGGACUGGUCCAUGAAGGGAGGGGAGGAGAUAGAACAUCCUGUGAAGCAUGACGAUGGCAAGACAUACUACUAUCAGAAAUGGUAUGACCCUGAGGUGGCAAGGUUUGAGGACCUACCCCAGGUCCCAGAUGUACCGGAGAACACUGCAUACAAGUUCUGUGUGAGCUGUCACAGGCUGAACAACAUCAGGAAGAAAGAGACGCCUGCACUAGGCCAGCAGAUAAAGGGGGAGUUAGGCAGCGAGGGUAGCGUGUACUUUUCCAGUGUAGCUAGGGACGGUUUCGAGUACAAUGUAGGCGACUGCUGCUAUAUGUUGCCAGAGGCAUAUGAUUUUGGGGUCAAAGCUGCGGUACCCAAGAAAGUGAAGGCAGACAAGUCGGCUGUGGAUGAAGAAGUUUACCCCGAGGCAUACAGGAAGUCGGACUAUAUCAAGGGCUCCAACGACGACAUCCCAGACACGUUCAGAAUCGGUCGCAUCGAGCAGAUAUACACAAAGGAUCCUAAUGGGGGCAUACCAUGCCUGGACAAGAUCAAGUUGAAAGUGAAAAAGUUCUACAGACCAGAGAACACACAUAAAGGUGUCACUGCAGGUCAUCAGUCAGAUGUGAAUCAACUCUACUAUUCCGAUGAAGAGGUGACAGUGGACUUCAGUCUAGUCAAGGGCAAGUGUACAGUGGUCUACUGUGAAGACAUGGACCCCAACAGAGAUCUCAACUUUGCCAACGGGGAGGACAAAUUCUACUUCACAGAGGCAUACAACAGUAAAACAAAAAGUUUUGAAGAGCCACCAAGCCGAGCUAGACUGAUGGGAUCUAAAGGCAAGGGCAAGGGAAAAGGUAAAGGAAAGGGCAAGAGUUCAAUAAAGUCCACUGAAGAAGAGGACAGCAAGACGGAGAUCAGACGGCUAAGAACACUGGACGUAUUUGCUGGAUGUGGAGGUCUCUCUGAGGGGUUCCACCAGGCAGGCGUGGCCGAGUCGAGAUGGGCCAUUGAGAAAGAGGAGCCAGCAGCCCAGGCGUACCGGUUAAACAACCCGGGCAGUACGGUCUUCUCAGAUGACUGUAAUCUGCUCCUGAAACUUGUCAUUGAUGGUGAGAAAACCGAUGCGCUGGGUCAGAGGCUGCCCCAGAAAGGGGAUGUUGAGUUGUUGUGUGGCGGGCCACCAUGUCAGGGAUUCAGUGGAAUGAACAGGUUCAACUCUCGUGAAUAUUCUAAGUUCAAGAACUCGCUGAUUGCCUCCUACCUCAGCUACUGUGACUACUACAGGCCCAAGUACUUCCUGCUAGAGAACGUGCGUAACUUUGUGUCAUACAAGCGCAGCAUGGUUUUGAAGCUGGCCCUGCGCUGUCUCAUACAGAUGGGCUACCAGUGCACCUUCGGGGUCCUGCAGGCAGGCAGCUAUGGUGUGGCUCAGACCAGGAGGAGAGCCAUCAUCCUUGCAGCGGCGCCAGGAGAGAAGCUUCCCUACUACCCUGAGCCACUCCAUGUGUUUGCACCGCGUGCCAUGCAGCUGUCUGUACAGGUGGACGAGAGAAAGUUUGUGUCCAACAUCACUCGUAUGGAUUAUGCCCCAUUCCGUACAAUCACCGUGAGGGACACAAUGUCAGACCUUCCUGAGAUUAAAAACGGAGCAAAGGCAGAAGAGAUUUCCUAUAACAAUGAUGCCAUGUCACAGUUCCAGAGAGUGAUACGAGGCAAGCAGCACCAGCCAGUCCUACGGGACCACAUCUGCAAGGACAUGAAUCCCCUGGUGCACGCCCGCAUGCAGCACAUUCCCCUCGCCCCGGGCUCAGACUGGAGAGACCUGCCCAACAUCGAGGUUCGACUCUCCGAUGGCAACAAGUGCAAGAAGCUGCAAUACACGCACCAUGACAAGAAGAAUGGCAAGAGUGACAAUGACAGCCUGCGCGGUGUCUGCUCGUGCGCUGAGGGCAAGCCAUGCGAUCCAAUGGACCGUCAGUUCAACACGCUGAUCCCCUGGUGUCUGCCACAUACAGGGAACCGUCACAACCACUGGGCUGGGUUGUAUGGGCGGCUGGAAAUGGACGGGUUCUUCAGCACCACAGUCACCAACCCGGAACCCAUGGGCAAGCAGGGGAGAGUACUUCACCCUGAGCAGCACCGAGUGGUCAGCGUUAGAGAGUGUGCGCGCUCCCAGGGAUUCCCGGACACCUACCGGUUCUUUGGGACCAUCCUUGACAGGCAUAGACAGGUUGGCAAUGCUGUACCACCUCCCAUGGCAAGAGCUAUUGGUCUUGAGAUCAAGAAGUGUCUGCUAGCCAGGACAACAGACGAGAAACCCAGCACAGAAACGAAAGUUGAGCAGAAGGCUGAGGAACCUGAAGACAAGAUGGAAGAUGAGCCAUCUAGGUCUUAAAUUGAAGAAUGCAUGGAAAUUGUGAAUUAAAUGAAUUUUUGUCUAAGGUUGAAAAAUUUGAAUCAAUUACGGUUCAAUGUGUCCGAACAGUUUGUGAACUUGACUUGUGUAAAUGUUUUUGAUGGAAUUUUGUAAAACUGAAAUGCAAUAAAUCAUGCUUCAUACCAUUACACACCACAAAGCUAGUACCUCAGUAAUUUAGCAAAAUAUGGUGUUGUCACAAUUAUAAUUAAUUUUUGCUGCAGUUAAAGUUUUCAUGCUAAAAUAAUUUGAAAAAUGUUAUAAAUUAACUUGUAUUUAUAUCCAUAUACACUUUCCGGAUUGGUUUAGUCUAAUUACAGAUUUUUAAUGUCAAUUAUUUAAUAUAUUUUAUAUAUUGUGUUCAUUAUUUGCCAUAUGUCAGUCAUAAAUGAUUCUGUUCUACUUAAAUUGUUCCUUGAUUAAAAUUUAGACAGUAUCUAUAUCCUUAUUAUUGUCAAGCAUUAACAUAUGCAUGUGCGUAAUGAUUUAAACCUGUAUUGUGUCAAAAUGUUAAAGGUGCAACCUACAUUUUGGCAUAUGAGCAUAUGUAUUUUGUGAGGUAUAGAGUUACUAUUUAGUUAUCUUAUACAUAGCCUUGAGAUAUUUUUUAUCUUAAACUGGGAACUUAUUAAUGGUAAUUUAGGUUAUACUGCAUAUUCACAUGUAUUACUAUAGGAAAAAAAUCAUUGAACAUUUUUUUAAGAAUCUAUAUAUGUUAUUUAUAAAACAGAAUAACUUUAUGUGAUUGUAUUAUACCAUCAAAUGUGUGCUAUGGAUUGAAUCACUAUUCAGCGAGUGCUUAUAUUUUGUGCUAUUAUUCAUUAUAUAUUAAAAUUUGCAAGUUAAA